ACAGCCGGCAAAAUGUAAACAAAGGGUUUUAACAAUUGUUUUGCAUUUUAAGACUUUCAUGUGCAUUUAAUAAAUAGACAUCAAUAAAUAUAACUAAAUAUGUCGAAUAUUGUCCAAUAUAUAAUUGUGCGCAGUGAUUUAAGAUCUACACUAGCGUGGCCAUUAGGUGCAGUGAUAGCCCAGUGUUGUCAUGCGACAGCUGCCGUCAUGCAUUUGUAUGCCGACGAUGACGACACAAAGGCCUAUGUAAGUGACUUGGACAAUAUGCACAAAGUGGUAUUAGAGGCUAAAGAUGAAGGAGCACUGAUCAAACUGGCUGAAAAAUUAAAGGCAAAUGAUGUUAAACAUAAAAUGUGGAUUGAACAACCGGAAAAUAUUCCAACGUGCAUAGCGAUAAAACCCUAUAUUAAAGACAAUGUUCACAAAUUUGUUAAACAUCUUAAAUUGCUUAAGGAAUAAAGUGGUCUAAGAACACACAUGCGAAAGCUAA